AUGAGUGUGAGAGAACUUCUUAACACAAUAACUCAGAAAAUAAAGGACUCUUUAGAUUGUUCAGAUGAAUGCAAAAAACUAUCAUCCAAGUAUACUGAUUGUAUCAAGCAUGAUGAGUUUUAUAAUCUUCCAAUUAACGUGAUUUUUAAAAUUACAGAAAUGCACAAAGGAGAUCUCUCACAAAAACAAAUAAAUAGAGUAUGCGAUAAGAUUCGAGCAAAAUUCGGAGAAAACUACGUUCGAAAAUUCAAAAGUAUCGAAAAUGUCUACAAAUCUUUAUCAUUUGUAGCAUAUGCACCUACAAAAGAGCCUAUCCCUAUCGCCGAAGAGGAAGAAGAUUGCGAGAUCUUUGAAGAAGAAGACGAAGAAGGAGAAUUUGAAGAAGAAGAGGAAAUAAAUUCCGAAAUUACAUUAGCAGAAGUGCCAUUAGGAAUACUCAGAGCAGCCUGGACAGGAGAUAUAAAGGAAAUACAGCACUAUCUAAUACAAAAUCCCCAACUUAUUCAAAGUUGUUUUGAUAGAGUUGGAUAUCCACUUCAUUGUGCUGUUUUCAAUGAUAGAACAGAAGCUGUAGAGUAUCUAAUAAAGAAAGGCGCUGAUGUUAAUCAACAAGGAGCUUUAGGACAGACUCCAUUGCAUUAUGCAGUUCAAGGUGACGUUGUAGAGAUAUUUAAUUUAUUACUAAAGGCUCCAAACAUUGUAAUCGACUCUGAAGAUUAUGCUGGAGAUACUCCUUUCGUUGUAGCUGCAAAAAAUGAAAAAUAUGAUUAUAUGAAAUCACUUUUAGAGAAAGGUGCAAACAUUAACUACCAAAACCAUGCAAAAGAAACAGCUCUACACUACGCUGCAAGCAAUGGAAUGUUAAAACUUACGGAAUUUCUUUUGAAUAACAACGCAAAUUACAAUUUAUGCGAUGAAUUCAUGAAAUCUCCAUUUAUCGUCGCAUGUGAAUGUGGCUUUGGAGAUGUUGCUUCAUUAAUCAACCAGAAAUACGCUGAAUCUAAUAUUGUUAUCAUACAAGAUUAUUCUAGUGAUGAGGAUUAA